AUGGUCUGCAAACUUGUCGCUGCUACUGCUGCCACCCUCAUGGCUCUUCCUUUGCUCUCCGCAGCAGCUCCUGUUGUCGAGAAGCGGGCAGGCAUCACAUGCCAGAAGAAAUUUGCAGGUCAUCUCUACGCGUACACCUUGUCGGGCCAGCCUCAGCAGAACCUCACCGUCACGUUCGACAGCGAAAGCUUUCUCAAGGUCGACUACACCGCCAAAGCCCAGCCAGUCUAUACGCAGUUUGAUGAAUGCUGGACGGAUGGCUGGAACAAGGACGGCUACAUGUACGGCCAACUGAAACCCGUCGGCGCUGACUUCCAGAGGACACCUCACUGCUUCACGGGUGUCACUCCCGGCUCCGAGCCUACUGAGAUCAAUGUUCAGGCCUGCUCGUCAAGCAACGAUGCCCUCCUCAAUCAGCAGUGGUGGAUGGCGAAUUGGACGCCCACCAACAUCUUCACCGUUCGUCUGACCGGCAACCCUAACGACGGCUCUCAAGUCCUCCGCAACAAUGUCAUUGUCGACGAUGCUGGCCGUGUUCAGGAAAAGACGGAAGAUGGAGAAGAUGUCAUCGAGCUCCAAUUUGCCAACAUCGAGUACUACUAG